AUGGCAAAUACCCCUGAAAAAGAAGUUUGCUAUGAAAGGGUAAGGUGUUUUAAGGAUGAUUUACCAUGGACCAGGAUUUUGUCAACAAAGUUGGGAGAUUUACCCUGGUCUCCAGAGAAGAUAAACACUUGCUUUCUGCUCUACAGUAUAUAUAAUCCCAAAACCUAUCAGGCACUGCUACAAGUGAAAGACAUAAACUGCAUUAAUUUAGACUGGAUUAAUGGUUCACUGGAAUAAAUCCAUGCUAUAAACAAUCUACGCGUUGUUGAUGCUGAGGUGGCUUAUUUUACUGAUGUUCUCGUGAAAACAUGCAAAUAUUCCCCUUCUAAAGUGCACUUGAUUAGCACCAGCUUGGGAGCACAUCUGGCUGGGGAAGCUGGGUCCAGGAUACCAGGCUUUGGAAGAAUGACCAAAGUGGCUUUCUUCUAUGAAUGUAGCCAUGCCCGAAGUCAUUGCUUUUAUGCCAAAAGCAUUCUCAAUCCUGAUACAUUCAUCGCUUAGCCUUGUAGAUCCUACAAAUCUUUUAAAGCAAUAAAUUGCUUCCAUUGUCCUAAAGAAGGAUGUCCAACAAUGGGUCAUUUCACUGAUAGAUUUCACCUCAAAAAUACAAAGACUAAUAGAUCAUAUUAUUUUUUAAACACCGGGUCUCUUUCCCCAUUUGUCUGUUGGAGACACAAAUUGUCUGUAAAACUCAGUGGAAGUGAAAUCACUCAAGGGACCAUAUUUCUCCAUGUAGGCAGGACAAUUGGAAAAUAAUUUCUAUCUAAUCUUAUUUUUGUUUACAGUGGAAAACUUGAACCAGGCAUGACUUACACAAAAUUAAUUGAUACAGACAUUAACAUUAGAAACAUUACAAGUAUUGAAUUCAUUUGGAAAAAAUAUUUGUUUGGACAUUCUUAGAACAACUUGGGAGCAGAAAUGGUGAUAGAUAUAUCUGGAAAAUAUGGGUAUAAAUCUACCUUCUGUAGCCAGGACAUUAUAGGACCUAAUAUUGCCCAGAUCCUGAAACCAUGCUAA